AUGGAUCAAUCAAAAGAGCUCGCUACCAAUGCGCAUGAACUCCCCGCAGACGAGUCCAACGAAGGACCAUGGAUCCGCUUCUUGACUCUCGUGCGAUGGUAUCCAACUGACAUGAGCUAUUUGGAAAAGCAGCUGGUGCUCAAACUAGACCUCUUGAUCUUAACCUUUGGGUGCUUGUCUUUCUUCACAAAAUAUCUCGAUCAACAAGCCAUCACCAACGCCUAUGUAUCACCUAGGGGAAUGAAAGAGGACCUUGGACUCCAAGGAAAUGAAAUCAACUACAUUACCACCGCUUUCUGGGUCGCAUACUGCGUAUCAAUGAUCCCAGCAUGCUACUUCCUCACUCGCAGUCGGAUCAAUAUUGUUCUGCCCACUCUGGAGGCCGGAUGGGGCCUAUUCACGUUUGGCUGUGCAUGGGCUCAAAACCUCACCACAAUUUAUGCUAUGCGUGUUCUCAUUGGUAUUUGCGAAUCUUGUUCAUUUACCGGUGUCAUCUAUGUGAUCGGGUCGUGGUAUAAGCCCCAGGAGAUUGGGAGACGAGUUUCUUUGUUCUUUAUUGCCUCCCCGCUGGGGACCAUGUUCGCUGGGUAUCUGCAGGCAGCGGCGUAUACUAAUUUGAAUAAUACACAUGGAUUGGCCGGGUGGAGAUGGUUGUUCAUUGUCUGCACGAUCAUCACCAUACCGAUAUGCAUUUUAGGCUAUGUCGCAUUUCUCGACGUCCCUCAUCGCACAAAGCCACGCUUCCUCACCCCGAAAGAGCACGAGCUAGCCAAUGCUCGCUUGGUUGGUCUCACAGCUCCCAGCCAGCUAACUGUCUCUGUCGAUAUCUUCAAACGCGUCCUCGGUCGCUGGCACUGGUACGUCUUUGUUGCGCAGUGGAUCCUCAUCGACCAGAAUUUCCUCGCUUCCUCGACUCCGUUCAAUCUUUAUCUGAAGGCCAAGCCGGAAAUCUACUCCGUCUCGAGAGUGAACACUCUACCGACCAUAGCUACGGCCGUUUCGGUGGUUGCUGCGUUAAUAGCGGGCACUGUUGCUGAUAAGACGAGGAACAUCUGGCUUCCUUGCAUUGUUGUCUCGAUUCCGGUGAUGCUGGGUUUGAUUCUGCUGGUUGUCUGGGAGGUAGGAGAAGCUGGACGGCUUGCGGGUUUUAUCCUCACCGGUGCUGAGGGUGCAAUGAGCCCUCUCACCAUGAGCUGGGCAACCCUUACCAUGGCCAACGACGCCGAGGAACGCGCCAUUGUAACCGCCAGCAUGAACGCAAUCGGUCAGGCUAUGUCUGCUUGGACGCAGCUCCUCCAGUAUCCUGCCGUGGAGGCACCCAACUUCCGCAAAGGGUUUAUUUCGAAUCUGGUGACGACCGUGGCGCAAUUGGGUGUUGUGGCCGUUAUCGCAGUUCUUACUCGGCACGAUGUGCGGAAGAAGACCAGACAGGGUUCGGACAUUAGCUAG